CUCAAAGACACUGUCCGAGACACCGUCAAGACGGAAGCUGCCGGCGUCACUUCCCUCGGCAAACAAGCUAUCGAAUCCGGCACCUACCUCUACCCUAUCAAGGGAAUUCUCUACUUCUUCACGCACCGCCAGCUAUGGAAGCCAUUGACUUCGCGACUCCUGCCCUUGUUGACCCUCAGUGCUGGCGUUGUGGUGCCCAUGUUCUUGUUCACCUACAUCCCCCAGUCCUUUAUCCUCCAAUUCGUCAAUGGCCCGCUGGCUUGGAUCUCGACUAUCGCGCUCGUUCUCUCGGAGAGCGCGGCCAUCAUCACCGCAUUGAGCAAGAGCUUCUUGAUCGACGAUGCUUUGAUCGAUACGUUUGAUUUGGUCCUCAUGUCCGAGAACCAGACUUCUCUCGUCAAGAACGGCCGCGAGCUCAAGUCGUCCGGUGGAGGCCUUGGGAAACUGUUGAAGCGCCCGUUCGCCAAGUUUUCGCCGCAGGCUAUCAUUAAGUACUUCCUAUACCUGCCGCUUAACUUUGUGCCUGUGGUCGGAACUGUCAUCUUCCUGCUUGCCCAAGUAGGUAGAGCUCAGGGACCCACUUACCACUCCCGAUACUUUCAACUCAAGAGCUACACCCAAUCGCAGAAGAAUACGUUUAUCGAACGCAACAAGCCCAAAUACUUGGGCUUUGGAACUGUCGCAACCCUCCUGCAGCUUGUGCCUGGCGCUAGCAUCCUCUUCCUUUACACCAACACUGUCGGCGCCGCCUUGUGGGCUGUGGAGCUGGAACGGAAGGGUUUGACUCCGCCUGGAGAGGACCGCACCGGAAACGAGCUGGGUGAUGCUCCUGCCACGAGGCAGCAGGCGAAGAAGGAAUUGUAAGUGCGUUCAGGGUAAUGAUGGCGUAGGGGGAUAGUUGGAUUUCGGUUGUACCUUGAAAUUUGUUUCCUUUCGUGUUCCUGUAUGUGGGUGGGGCGGAUAGGCGCACACAGUUCGGGGAAAAUAAUGAUUGC